UUUCCUCAGGCAACCAAGCGAUGAGAAGGCAGUAAGAUGUGCAACACGCCGCGGGCAAGGCACCGCAUGUAACGAGGGACAAGGGCGAAGCACCGAGGGCCAGCACCCCUUCCCCGUGGGGGGCCGGGCCACCCCCAGCCCCGGGCUCCCCAGCCCCGGGCUCCCCCUCUCCGACCACCGCCGCCCCCCGGCGGCCGGGGCCCUGCCCCUUCUCUCCGCCGCCGGAGCAUGCGCGGGGCCGGGCCAGCUUCGCCACCGCCCCCGCUCCCCUCAUAGCGGCGCCGCCGGGAGCUGCCGGAGCCGCUGGUGCCGCCGCUCGUCCCUCCGCUGAGGGCCGCGACCGAGGGCAGCCGCCCGGGCCGGAGUGAGACUGCAUCAAAAUGUCUCUCUAUCCUUCCCUGGAAGAUCUGAAGGUGGACAAAGUUAUUCAGGCUCAGACUGCCUUUUCUUCAAAUCCAGCUAAUCCAGCAAUCUUGUCUGAAGCUUCUGCUCCUAUUCCCCAAGAUGGAGGUUUAUACCCCAGAUUAUAUCCAGAACUUUCUCAGUACAUGGGCCUGAGCCUCAAUGAAGAAGAGGUGCAGAGAAACUUACCAGUGGCAGCAGCUGCUCAGCCACAAGGGCAACUGGUAACACGACCUUCUACUAAUUACAUGGUAGCUCCAGUGACUGGAAAUGAUAUUGGAAUUCGCAGAGCAGAAAUUAAGCAAGGCAUCCGUGAAGCAAUUUUGUGUAAAGAUCAGGAUGGAAAAAUAGGACUUCGCCUUAAGUCUGUUGACAACGGUAUAUUUGUCCAGUUAGUCCAAGCAAACUCUCCAGCAUCUCUAGCUGGUCUGCGGUUUGGGGACCAAGUUCUGCAGAUCAACGGUGAAAACUGUGCAGGAUGGAGUUCUGAUAAAGCACACAAAGUUCUGAAGCAGGCUUCUGGAGAGAGGAUUUCAAUGAUCAUUCGGGACAGGCCUUUUGAACGAAUUAUUACAAUGCACAAAGACAGCACAGGGCAUGUUGGCUUCAUAUUCAAGAAUGGAAAAAUAACCUCAAUAGUGAAAGACAGUUCUGCUGCGAGAAAUGGACUUCUUACAGAGCAUAACAUCUGUGAAAUCAAUGGCCAGAAUGUCAUUGGACUGAAGGACCCCCAGAUAGCAGACAUCUUGGCAACAGCUGGAAACACAGUGACAAUUACCAUCAUGCCUUCCAGUAUUUAUGAGUAUAUAAUAAAGAGGAUGGCAACUAGCAUUAUGAAAAGCCUGAUGGAUCACUCUAUUCCUGAAGUCUAAACAUGCAUCAUGUACAUGUCUGUACGUACAUAUGAUGAAAAUUCCACUAAACUUGGGCUAUUAUACUCAGUGAUUUCUUUCUUCUGCACAUGAGCCUUUCUGGAGGCCAAGAGAAGAUAUGCUGCAUCAAGCAUUUGCAUCUAUAAUGGCUGGGAAUGUUACAGUUCAACAUAUCUUGUUUAUUCACAAACUGUAGAACUUGUAGCCUUAUAUGCUUGACGAAUGUGAAAUUCCAACUGUGUUAUGACUUUUUGUAGAUCUCUUCCUUAGUUUACUACUCCUAUAAGCCAUUGCAACUAAAGGAACCAGAUAUCACUUGCAAAAUUAUGUGUUGUUACCUAGGGCAAUGCUGUGCUUUGUAUGUUUAAGAGAAACAAGUAUUUUUACUGCUUUCUGUUUGCAAGCGUAGAUAUGAAAUAGCCUAUUUAGAAGUAUGGUUAGUACUAGUUUAUUUCUUGUUCUAGUAAAUUCUGUUUACGCAAGUAUGCCAGCUAAGCUGAAUAUAGCUGAAGGCAUCAUUCAGUAAGUAUAUUAAAUAAGGUAGUGUACAGAUAACCAAAUCUUUUUAUUACUUGUUAUACAAAUUGUAACUGAUACGCUUAUCUCUCGCCUUAACCAAGAUUCAGAAGUAACCAAAUAAAUGACUGAAACUUUA